UUCUACCCCUCCCUUAGCCACUGCAGCCUUCUGUGGAGAGUGUGAUUAGUCCUUUAAUUGGUGCUCUUGAUUCCAUUGAGUGUUCUUUCUUUCUGUCUUUUCUCUAGAUGGAAGCACUGGGCCUGCUGAACCUGAGAAAAGUAAAAAGGGGUCUCUGAAUCUACUAAUCAGUCCAGAGGACCUGUUCUGUUCAAAGAACCUUCCACAAAACUCUGAAAGAGUAACAGCUUUACAAAGGGAUUCACUGUGAGGAGCUCAAAAUGAAGAAGAAAGAUGCAGAGGAUUGCAUGGAACUGUGCCCCCAUCAGUGUGCUGAGAUGGAAAGGUGUGAAAGUAAAGAGCUGGAUCUUGAAAUAAGGAACCUGAUAGGGAAGAACAACGCUUUGGAGUCGUGUGAGGACCCCAAACCUCUUGCCCAAGAGAGGCUGAGCCCUCAGAGAACUUCAUGUUCCCUUAAGACCCACAGUGAAGGAAACAUUCCAGGCUGGCUUGGAUGCACCUGGGAAGGUGGGAGUGGCAUGGAAGCUCCAGCAGAACCACUGGAAUCAAGGCACACAUUACUGAGCAAAAAGAAGCCUUUAUCAUCCAAUUCUCUGGAGCAACAGAUCCUCACACUGGAAAGACAGAGACGAGAGCUUCUGGAGGUGAACAAGCAAUGGGAUCAUCAAUUUAGAAGUAUGAAACAGCUUUAUGAAAAGCAGCUGGCAGAGAUGAAGGCAAAGCUGGACGUGUCGGAGAGGAGAGUGAGCGAGCUGCAGCAGGAGCGACAGUGGCAGCAACCAGAGGAGGAGAGGUGGAGAGCACAGGGCAGAGAGAGGCUGUUGCAGGAAAAGAAAGAUACUGAAGUCCUCAGUGAAGCUCUCCAUGAAAUGAAGGAAGAGAACAGGCUCCUGAAGCAGAAGAAUGCCUCAAUGACCAGAAAGAAAGAACACUAUGAGAGUGAAAUAAGUCGACUCAACAAGGCCCUCCUGGAUGCACUGAAAAAGCAGCACCCACCUGUUGUUGGGACUCCUCCAGGGAAGGGUGACAGGAACAGCAUGGAGGAGAUGAGAACCCAACUUGAAGUUCUUAAACAGCAGGUCCAAAUAUAUGAGGAAGACUUCAGAAAGGAGAGAUCUGACCGAGAGAGGCUUAAUGAGGAGAAAGAAGCACUGCAGAAAAUUAAUGGGAGAUUGCAAUCUCAACUGAAUAAACUCAGCUCUCAGACAAAAGAGCAGCCAGUGCAGCCUGAGAGGCCCAGUUACCCAGCUCCACUCUUCCUCCCUCCAUGUGUCAAUUAUGGGGGUUGUGGGAUGGUUCUUCACUGUCCAGAUCCUCGGGUGCAUCCAGCGCCUCACAGGGCGCAGCAGCAGCAGCAGCGCUUGCCAGACUAUCAGUGGUAUGUUCCUGACCAGCUUCCGCCAGAUGUGCAGCACAAGGCGAAUGAUUCCUCCCUGGAGAAGGGAGCCCAUCGCUGACAGCCUCCGGCCUGGAGAAGUGUAAACCAAAGGCUGCAAGGGACUCCUGCAACUUCAUUAUUCUGUUUUCUUCUGGGUUUUUUUACCCCUUAUCUCUUCAGUGCAUGUGAUUUAUGUCUGGUAAAAUCCCUGCAAGGACAAUAGAAAAGCAGCUCAUCCAGGCUGGUGAUCCUCAGGAUCCAGUUAAACUCUGCUGGGAAGCCGUACUGCCCUUUGUUCUGGAGAUGCUGUUUGUGCUGCCUUGUGAGAAUCUCUUUAAAAGCCUGAUGAGAAGAGAUGCACUUCUUGCUGGGGAUUCAGACUGUCACAUCUGGUUUGAAUUCAAGAGCUUACAAGCCCAGUAGUGGUGUGAUUUUUGUUGUUGUUGUUGUUUGGGAAUUAUGAGGGUUUUUAUUUGAUUCCAGGGAAUGAUUUGUUGAUAAAUCACUUUGAAUUCUGUCUUUGCUUGGUUGGUGGAAGGGAAUUCUGCUUCACUGUUUAAACCCCUCUGUGUAGUUGUAAUCAGGGUACCACCAAUGCCAGGCCAGGUAAAAGGUGCCCACUUCCCCUUUUUGAGUCCAACUCAGAUCUCCUUUUGUUUUGACUCUAGAAUUUCAUAUAAAACAUAAUCACAGGGAUUUUUUUUUCUGUGUGUACUUAUUUGUAUUGCAAGAAUUUUAGUAGAAAUACGGAAUGAGUUUAACUUCUCAGUGAAUAUGGCUUUAUAUUUCCAAAUUAUUCUUGUAAUGAUUUUAAACAUCAUCAUGUAACCUCUAACCAAGAAUAAA